AAACAAAUAAAAUGCGGACUGCCCCAGUCGCCUAAUGUCACCUACCAGCCUACCGCCACAAAAGUCUUAUGCGGACGUGGCCACUUUGACGAUGACGUCAUCAUGAUAACCCCUCUUACGGCCUUUCCUUUGUUGCUUCCAGGAACCGUGCAACAGCAAGAAGCAAAGCAACCCAUCCACAAUUGAAGACCUUCCAGAACACAUUCUCACGUGCCACUUCUUAAUAGAUUCAUCUCAAUCAACGGCCAAGAUUUAUCCUCUCAUCUUCUCUUUGACCACGUCCAAACCUCCAUAAAUACCACUACCCUUUGCUCGCUUUCCUCCCUUCUAACCCAACCAUGUCUGCACCUAGUGAUUGGGGCCAAUUCUACCAGCAACAAAAUCUUUCAGUUAACAUGUUCGGCGGCGACGGUGGUGUCUCUGAAGCCACCGUCGUCACCACCUCUGUCACCUCAGCGACGGCUGCCAUCCGUACUUCAUUGGGUAGUUCUGGCAAUUCUACCUCAUCAAGUGCUGGUGGCCGUUUAAGCCCUGAAGGGCGUGUCUCGAAGCCUGUCAGGAGAAGGUCUAGAGCUUCCCGGAGAACUCCCACAACGUUACUAAAUACAGAUACUACGAAUUUUCGGGCUAUGGUUCAGCAGUUUACUGGUGGUCCUAGUGCUCCUUUUGCUUCAGGAUCACAGCUUAGUGCACCAAGUUUCGGUUUUUCGCUGAACCCACGCCAAGCCCAUGUUAACCCUAGUGCAGUUAUGGUCCCAGCUGCAACUGGUUACCAUCCUCAAUAUCAGCAGCAAAACCAACCAUCGUACAUGUUUUCAUUGGGAAAUAACAGUUCUAAUACUGCGCCAGCUCAUGGUGAUUUGUUUUUUCAAAGGCUUGGAAACCCUAGGCCUACAGGCAUGGAUGUAUCAGAUGGGUUGGUGAUGGAAGGUCUUUCCUCCCAGGUGGUGGUGCCGCCGCCUCCUCCUCCCGGUAGGCAGCCAUCUUCCUCCUCCAAUGAGAACAGAAGCAAUACUUUCUUAUUUUGAGUGCGACACAAAGAACAAAGUUAGGCACUGACUUGUCCAAACUUAGAACCAUUGACCAAUGUAAAUAUCGUACUGCUUACAACUUCUUGAUAGCAAUUUAUUUUCUUUUUCUUUUUUUUUCUUUUUUAAAUAUAGGUCCUCUAAUGUGGCUAAUAGUAGACUGCCACGUGUUCUUUCCCUAUUUUAUCCUUUUGGUAGAAAUAUUUUUAUUGUUUCUUUAAUUAAUCAGGGUUUGUUUUGAAAACCAUGGGCCAAGAUGGGAAUCCCCUGAGCCCUCCAUAUAUAAAUAUAAUAAUAAGUAACGAAGCUUAGGUUCCAGGGAAA